AUGGGUGUCCCAUUCGAGGCUCUGCUGCCCUAUGCCAUUAUGACGGGUUUCUUCGCAUUCAGCGCCGUAUCUGUCGGAAAGCUCAAGGAGAUCCAGAACGGAGGAAAGAAGACCAGGAGGGGUAUCGAUCAAUGGGACAGGACAGACAAGCCGAUUGCCCCGGAAGGCUUCGAGCUCAACAACCCAUGGAGGUGCGAGAAGCGAUUCCUCUAG